GCCACAGGAGGAGCUGGUCUCCACCACCACGGGAGGACCGCCAGGCGACCUGCAGGACAGGACCAGCACUAACCGCCCGAUUUGUGGAGUUCUACCACAGGUCCUUCUCUGACCAAUCACGCGCCGUCGGCAGCGUGGUGGUACCCAGGGGCUGGGACUCUGGAGUGGGCAGGGCAGCAGAAAGACACAGAUUACCCACAACCCCUCCCUCUGAAGAACCACACAGUCAUGUACCAGGCUGCAAGCUCUACCCAGGAUGCAGCAGGUUUCUCCAGCAGGGUCCUGGAGGAGGUUGAAGUCUGCUCCCUGCCUGGAGGUCUGGCCAGUAUUCGCAGACAGUUCGAGAGAGAACAGAACCCUUCUGCUCAAACUGUCACACAGUACCACUACAAACAGAAAUCUGGGCAGGACACCACUUCUCCCAUUGCCCACGAGGUGCCCAACUCAUCUGUGCCAUCGGUGAGGAGUGGAAUGAGAGGAGGAGAAACUCAGCAGGAUGAAAGGGAUUCGCAUGAUGAGAGUAGUCCUUGGGGAGCAGCCUCCACUGCUGAGAAUCAUCAGGUUGCAGAAGAGGAGGAGUACUACCCGAAACUCUCAACCAAAGAGUUGGCGAAACACUUCGAGAAAACAAUUGAGGAAGCUGCUCCACAUAAGAAGAUUAAGAUUGAACAUGACGUCAACCAUUCUAAGUGGGCUUCGGGUGUAAACGUACACCACCAUGACUUCAAGGGUGAGAUAGUUGAUAUAUCAAAGGACAUAGCAGGAGCUACAGGAGCUGAGACAGAGACCCCAGGCACUGUGCAUGCAAUCGAGGAUGACGAUUCAGAUUACCUGCCCCCUCCACCACCGGACUUACUAGAGGAGCUGCCUGAGGACACCGGAUUUCCAGUGCCCCCUGAACCGGCAUGUGCAAUGAGACACACCGAGAGCAAAGACCAGUACUUUAAACAGAGAGAACUACUUGAACUGAAACGCCUGUGCAAACACAUUCACCCUGAUGUUAGGAAAGACCUGGAGCGGGAUCUCUAUAAUGAGGUAAAUGAGAUGGAUGAGCACAAGAUGAUGGUGGGGGAUGUGCAGGAGGCAGCGUACUACUUUGAACACAGUGGAAGCAGCCCUAACCAGAGCCCGGAGAGGGAGUAUCUGGAAUGGGAUGAAAUCCUGAGAGGGGAGGUACAGUCCGUGCGCUGGAUGUUCGAGAACAGGCCUUUGGACUGCAUUAAAGACUCCUCCGAUGAUGAGGAGGACAGCAGAAGGAUAGUUCAGCAGGAAAUCAUAGCUGGAGGGGAUGUGAGGAGCACUGCUUUGAUGUUCGAGACUCAGCCUAUGGAUAUGUUAAGAGUAGAUAACGGUUAUGCUGGGAAGAAGAUUUCAUACAAUGAAACGGGCCAAAAAGGUGUUCGUGCGGCUGCCUGGUUGUUUGAGACAAAGCCGAUGGAUUCUCUGAACAAGAUGCAUGGUGACGAUGAGCAAACCAAAGAGGUUGUAUUCACACAAGCGAUAACCAGGGGUAAUGUGAAAUCUAUGCGGUACAUGUUUGAAAACCCGGAAAUGGAUUGUCUAGGUGACGCCGAAACCAUGGAUGAAAAGCAUCUUUUGAAUCUGAAGUCUGUCGUGGAAGAGAUCAAAGCUGAUAUGAAGAUAACCAUCUGGCAGUUUGAGACUCAGUGUAAGUGUGUCUUGAGGGAGCACUCAGGUGAAGUAGUGGAAAUUACCUCUGUCCACAGAGAAGAGACAGAGAAAGGGGAUGUCAAAACAUCACGCUGGCUUUUUGAGACACAGCCCCUUGACAAGAUUAACCAAGAUUUUUCUCAGUUUAGACUCAUCUCUAGUAUUUCCAUGGAAGACUACAUGCAAGGUGAUGUAAAAAGGGGAAGAUGGUUAUUUGAGACAAAAAAGUUGGACUCUACAAAUGAGGAAUGGCAAAGUAUACAGGGGCAACAGAAAGAAGAGAUUCUUGGUGCUGAUGUUCGCAGACACUGUAUGGUGUUUGAGACCCAGCCUAUGGACACAUUGAAAGAUGACUCAAACUCCAGGCCAGCUGCCACCGAGGAGAUAAUUGGUGGUGAUGUACAGUCUGUUAGGCAUCUGUUUGAAACUGCACCAUUAAAUGAAUCGAAAGAACUGCCAGAGGUGGGAAAGCUGAAAAAAAGAGUGGCAGCAGAGGGAGAGAGGGGGGAUCUAAGACACCAGAAAUGGGAGUUCGAGAAUCAAUCCCUAGAGAGCAUUCAAAACGAAGAUGGUGGACCAGGCAGGCUGAAGAAAACAGUGGCGUCUGAAGAGGAGAAAGGAGAUGUGAGGCAUCAGAAAUGGUUAUUUGAGAACCAGAAACUGGAAGAUAUCAGAGAGGAAAAGAAAGAAGUGAUUAAAAUGGUCAAUAUUGAACAAAAUGAUGAAGAGAGUUACAAAGGUGAUGUGCGCAGGAACUGUUGGGUGUUUGAGACUCAGGCUAUGGACACCUUAAAGGAUGAUUCAAAUGCCAAACCUGUCAACACGGAGGAGAUUAUUGGAGGAGAUGUUCAAUCUGCCAGACACUUUUUUGAAAGUGCUCCAAAAGAUGAGUUGAAGGAACUUGCAGAGGUGGGCAAACUUAAAAGAACGGUGACAGUUGAAGAGGAAAAGGGAGACGUUCAACAUCAGAAGUGCGUAUUUGAGAGCCAGCCUUUAGAACAAAUCAGGGAGGAGAAAAAGGAAAUAAGCAGAACAGUGGAUAUAGAGAAUGUUGAAAAGGUAGAUGUAACAAGUUACAAGCAAAUCUUUGAAAGAUAUGAUAAAAGUCAAAGGAUUCAAGUUGAAGGUGUGACCAAAGGCUCUGUAAAAUCAAAUAAAGAUCUUUUUGAAUCAACACCAUUGUAUGCUAUGCAAGAUAGUUCAGGCCACUACCAUGAAUUGAAAACUGUGCGCCAUGAAGAGAUUGUGAAAGGAGACGUUAAAAGCUAUAAAUGGAUGUUUGAAACCUGCCCUAUUGACCAGUUUGAUGAAAGUAUAACCAAAUUCCAAGUCAUUAAGGGCAUCACACAGCAAGAGGUUGAGGCAGGUGAUGUCAAAACAGCCAAAUGGCUUUUCGAAACACAGCCUUUAGAUGCCAUCAAAUACUUCAGCAAUAUUGAAGAUGAAGCGUACAUAGCUAAAGAGAUGACUGAAAUAGUAAAGGGCGAUGUUCAAACCUGUAAGUGGCUAUUCGAGACCAAGCCGAUGGAUGUGCUAUAUGAUAAGGCUGAUAUCAAGAAUGAAAACGAUGCUAAUGAAGUUCAUAAAGGUGAUGUGAAAACCUGCACCUGGCUCUUUGAGACCCAGGCUCUUGAUGCCAUCCGAGAUGAGUCAGAAGCAGUUCUGAAAGCCUGCACUGUACAGCAGGAAGACAUUCAGGGAAAAGACGUUCGCAUGGCCUGCUUUCUUUUUGAGACGGAGAAUCUUGACAGCAUCGCUGGGAAAGAGGGACAUGCUUUUAAGCGGGUGACCGAGAUUGAUGUCCAGUCUGGAGACGUAUCUCGAAUGAAAUACAUAUUUGAGACCCAGGCCUCGGAUGUCAUGACCUCGACCUCAGAGGAGUUCAUGCACCAGCUGAAGACCGCGCAAGCUCAGGACAUCCAAAAAGGAAAUGUAGGAAAUUGUAAAUGGCUCUUCGAAAACCAGCCGAUAGACGUGAUCUGUCAGGACGCAAAUGAACUAAAGGGGGUGCGCACCGUGACAGAUGUCCAAGGAGGCGAUGUUGAUAAAGGCCGGUUUAUUUUUGAGACCUGUUCAUUAGAUAAAAUCCAGGAGGUCUCCUCUGUGUCAGAGACACAGAAAAUCAUCUGUGAGGAAGACGAGAAAGGAGAUGUUAAAAAUUAUGCCAUGAUGUUUGAAACUUUGCCACUUUAUGCCAUUCAGGACAAGGAUGGACAUUACCAUGAAGUUACCACACUCACUAAGGAAGAGGUACUCAAAGGGGAUGUGGUGGGUGCCCGGUGGUUAUUUGAAACUAAGCCUCUUGAUUCCAUUAAAGAGACUGAUGAGGUAUAUAUUAUAAAAGCUGUUACUGAGGAGGAUAUUCAAAAAGGUGAUGUCAGUUCUGCUAGGUGGAGAUUCGAAACCCAACCUCUUGACAUGAUAGCCGAUGACAUCAAAAUAUCUCUCAGAACUGUUGAAGACAUCAAAGGUGGUGACGUCAAGGCAAACAAACAGCAUUUUGAGUCUGACUUGAUGUCACAUAAGUUAAUUCGCACUGUGAGCAUGAGUGAGAUUCAUAAAGGAGACGUGAAGGCAGCCAAAUGGAUGUUUGAGACUCACACCAUUGAUCAGAUCCAUGGUGAUAACUCAGAAGAUGAGAUGGAAAAAGUCAUUAUGCAAGAACGGGUGAAGGGAGAUGUAAAACAGUCCGUGUGGUUGUUCGAGAAAAAUCCACUCGAUCACAUCAAAGAGAAUGGGGAGAGUAGGGAGAUUGUCCGUGAAGAAAUACCCAAGGCAGAUGUGAAAACAACAACCUGGCUGUUCGAAACCACUCCAAUUUCUGAAUUCAGUGAGAGCAAUAUAGAGAAAAUGGAAAUUAUAGGUAAAAGUAUAAAAGGAACCCUUGAUGAGCUAUACAGUCAGAAAAUGGUGGAGUCCACAGGGAUCAUUAUAGAGACUGAUGAAGUUGGGGACGUGCGCAUGGCUAAGUACAAUCUCAUGAAUAAAGAAGCGCCAAAGAUUCAGAAAGAAGAAAUUAUCAAAGGGGAUCUGCAGAACAUCAUGAUGAACCUCCUGAACAGACGAGAUACAAAAGAAAAAGGGAUUGUUAUAGAUGCCGAGGAGAGGGGUAAUAUUAGCAACACGGUCCAACAGCUACUCCAUCAGCAGCCUGCCACCAAUGUGGAGAAAGAGGAAAUUAUUGGAGGCGACGUUCAGGAAGCCAUAAACAACCUGCUGGAGGAGAAGAGUUUGGGGAAGCACGGCAUUCUCAUUCAGGAAGAUGAGAAAGGAGACGUCCGCAUGACUAUAUAUUCCCUUUUCAAUGAAAAAGAGGACGCCACAACAGGAAAAGAAGAUGUAAUCAGAGGCCAUGUAAAAGGUUGUCCUCAAAAACUAUACAAUCCUACACGAGACGUGGAAGAGAUGGCAAAAAUUAAGGUGGAUGACACUGAAAAGGGAAAAGUGAGCUUUUAUUCAACGUGUAUUGAGUCAGGGGCUCUGGACUACCUUAAACAGAUCCAAGUAGAGCCAGGUGAAGAUGAGUCAGGUAACCUAGAAAAGGAGGAAAUUGUUGGGGGUGAUAUUAAAGGAACAAAACUAAGCCUUACGUGUAAUCAGGCUCAAAUCUGUCGCCUAGUGGACAAGGAAGAUAUUGUGCCUGGUGAUGUUUAUAACACGGUGAAGGUUUUCAUGACAGAGCCCCCUGUCUUAUUUGAGCAUCUCCACAAAGAGGAGAUAGUGGGAGGCGAUUUAAGAGCCACUCUGGAUUCUCUGUCACAGUCCAUAAAUCAGUCAGUUGUUCUAGAGAAAGAGGAGGUUGUAAAAGGUGACAUACCCACUGCCCUCAAGUCUCUUGAGGAAGCUCAAAAGCAACCUAAAGAGGUGGAAAAACCCAAAAUCGUCCCCGGCGAUAUCAAAGGAGCGCUGAAAUCACUGAAAGACUCAGCUACCACCAAAGUUGAAAUUGUUAUUGAAGAUUUAGUUUCAGGUGACAUCAAAGGUACAUUAAAAUCUCUAGAAGAAGCCAAACAAGCAGUCAAAGAAAUGGAGAAAGAAGAGAUUGUGAGGGGAGACAUUCAUACAGCUUUGCAGAAUCUGCAAGAGGCUUCUAAUGAAAGAAAGGCUUACCAGCAAGAGAUUGCAGUUCAAGGAGAUGUGAAAGGAACAAUUCAGCUUUUGCUGGAGACCCCUUCAUCACCCAGAAUGCAACGCAGGGCCAGCACAGAGGGUGAUGUGAAACUGUCAAUCAAAUCACUAUAUGAGUCACAAGAACAGGUUCAGUCCGAGAAAGAGGAAGUGAUAAAAGGGGAUGUUAAAGGUACAAUAAAAUGCUUGCUAGAAACAGCACAACGAGCAAGCCCAAAGGUCCCCAGGAGAGAACCAAUAAGAAGGGUUAAGGUUUCCAAAGUUAAAACUCCAUCUUCCUCUCAGCAAGAGAUCCAGGCGCAGAGACUUGCUGCUGCUGUGAAAAAUCUCAGCAAAAGCAGUGAGGCAAAGAGGCACGUACAAAAGCUUGUAGGCAAUAAAUCAAUGCAAAGUGGAUCCACUUCUUUGGAGAAAAACACACUUGUAGAUCAAACCACAACAAACAGGCAGACAUCAAAGACCACCAUACUCGAACACAAUACCAUAGUACAGACCCACGGAGUUAAAACUCUAAAGACGGAAUUCCGCAACCUCAACUCAGGCCAUACAGGGAUGAUCAGCUUAGAUAAAACCAAAGACGUACAGCAGGAGGUCUGUGCAGCACUAUCGCCAUCAGCACCGCAGUUACCAGAGUCUGACUCUCCCCUCCCUCCAUCUCCUCCUCCGGAUUAUGACAGUCUUUUCCUUACUACGCCUCCUCCUCUCACGAGGGGUGACAAUGACCUUCCUCCUCCACCCACCCCUCCUCCAUCUCUCAGUGACGCGCUGAAGUCUGAUCUGGAUCAUUUACCUCCUCCACCCCCUCCGUCGCCUCCCCCAGGGCCUGCAGCUGGGCAAGAAUUCCUUCCUCCUCCACCCUCUCAGCAAGAGUUAGACCUCAUUCCCUAUACGGUACCAGCCAAGCCUACCAAGCUCACGGUGAAACCUGUCAAAGCCCCAGCUCUAUGUAAAGUGCCAAAGCUGGAGCCAGCCAUGCAGUUUAACACAACAGAUAUGCAGGCCCAAGCGACCGUGCGAGUGACAUCAAGUCACAAAACGGUGGAGAAAAUCAGCAAGGAGCAGAGCCGAUCGGAUUCGAACGCUCCGAUCUCUUCAGAGAUCACGCCUGAUAUUGCGAUGCAGCCACCCGAGUCUCCACGGCCCCCCAAGAAAAACUUUGCUCCUGUGAGUCUCACUCCACCAGCCUCCCCACUGCCGAGCAAAUCCCCAAUAAGUAAAUUCAAAACUCCAUUAAUAAAAGCGGAGCAGAAAUUCAGACAGCAACAAGAGGAGAGCUACACGCCGCCCAGCUCCCCAGCCUUUGAAAUUCACAUGCAUGAGUCAGUCAGAUCAGCACUUGAAAUGAUUUCCUCAGAUGGCAAGAACACAACACAAUCUGAGCAGGGCAUAUCAGUACACUUCACUGAAGAGAAAGCUGAACAAACCGUGUCCCGAGUCAAAUCAGAUACAGAAUCAUAUGAUUCAUCUAAGAGAGUCAUUCUCUCAGAUGUUACGGCAAGGAAGCCUUUGAUCUCCUCUACAAAUGAGAAAUCUCCUUCAGAAUUUGACAUCAUUUCCUCCGUUAAGGGCAAUAUCUCUAAUCAGCCGUGUAAAGCCACGUCAUGUCAGCAGCAGACCACAUCAACCACAUCGAAAAAGAAGAAAAAGUAUCGGUCCAUGACAACAAGUUUUCAUCAGGUGACAUCUGCUUCUGCCAUGCAUUCACAAAUGAUUAUUAGCAACAGUGCCAAAAUACAGUCAUUCAGUGGUGGGAAAGGUCAUCAAAUGAUCUCUGAAAAUGACUCACUGACAAGUGAAAUUAAGAUGGAUGCUGAUAAACAAGACACUGCAAGUACUCUAGUGACAGAAAAGCCCAAGGCGGAAGAACUGAAGAACAUUGAUAUCUGCAAAAACAAAGCACAAGAAAAAAAUCCACCUGUUCGGGCAAAGGUAAACACAGACAGCAAAAUCAAGGAAGCUGAGCAAAAAUCCCAGAAAGCUGACAGUCAUAAGACAAAGAAAGGCAGCAAGAACGGUAAAGAAGAGGUCACAGAAAAACAGCCCAUGCAUCCAGCUCAAAGUGUGAAGGUGGAACACGAGAGUGUCAAGGUGAAGGAGAGCAGAGAACGAAAACUCGCAGAGGCUGAGACUAAAGUGGAAAAACAGGCCAAGCAAAAGGAGACUGAGGAGGCCCAAGCCACACCAAAGAAGAAACGGAGAACUAAACCCAAGAAAGAUAAAGAGGCAGCUGAACAUGCUCAGGGCCAAGCACAAAAUAAUACCACAGCUAUUGAACCUGCCCCCUCCUCGGAGGCAAAACAUCUAGCCCUGACAUCUGGCCAGACACAUGAGGAAAUCGCUGUGGUGCAGACACAGAGAAUCAUUCAGGGAGAAUGCUCUGAGGUCAACAGCACAAGGGGUAAAGUUCAGCAGAGUUUGCACACACAGGGUGCCACUGCCAAGCCUCAAAAGCAGGCCAUGGUUUCUCCGAAAAACAAAGGAGAGGCAGGCAGCCAGACAGUUCCAGACAUAUCGAAAGAUAAAAGCAGAAAUGUUCCGUUACAUGUGACAGGGAAACCAGCACAAGGGAAUGCUGAUGAAACCGCAGCAGAGAACAGGGAAACCACACAACAAUGUGCAGAAGCUCGCAGGUGGCUAGCUAACACCAUCGCGUUACAAGAAGGUGAAGGAAAAGUGGACUACAAGUCUGUGAAGACCCUGCUGAGUGAGCUUCCGGAGUGGAUUUUUGGUCCGAUGGAUAGGCAUGAUUUGGAAGAAGAUUUAGAAGGCGGCAACAUUCUGAAAGUCAAAGAAGUAAUUACUCAGGUACAAAACUUAAUUCAAGCCAAGCUAAUGCAUUUAGAAGGAGAUGCUGAAACUGUUGAAAAGCAUGACUGUGAGGCUACAUUCGAAAAAUUGGUUUCAGGCAUAGCUACACAAAGAAUUUCAAAGAUCACCAUUGGCUCCACAAAGGUCGAAACACAAAAGAAAGCAGUAGAAGAGAAAAAAGCCACUCACAAAAGCCGCAAACAACAACAGAAGAGCCUCAAAUCUUCUGAUCCCAGAGCGCCAUCACCAUCAUUAAGAAUGCGCUCACCUUCGCCCACAUUCAUCACCAUCGAGUCCAUAAGAAGGACUGACUCACCACAGAGAGUAGUGCCAUCACCCCCACCCAUGCCACCUACUCCUCCACCGCGGUGGUCUGAAACACCCACACCUCGCUUAAGCAGAGCCUCUCCAUCUCCCACUCUAGGUAGAGCCGACAGCCUGACAAGGCUCAGAGAAACGACAGCUAAACUCUCUCGCGGACCAUCACCUGAUCCUGUGCCACGGCCCCUGCCACUCAAAGGAAAGAAGUCUGAGAUUGUGGAAACUCCAGCCACAUUUCAUCGACAGAUUAAAAUUGAUUCUACACCUGCCGAGGAAGCCAGGUUUCUGGAGGAGCAAAAAGACAUGAAGUCCUCAGGAGCUGCUGUCUCAGAAAGUGUGACAGCAUCAGUCCAAGAAAUGCGAGAGUUCUUUGAAGGGGCUCAGAAGGUUGAAGAAAAUAAAACAUUAGUUCAAAAGGACCGUAUUGAACAUACAGGGCUGCACAUGCAGCAUGCUGAUACCGAAGUGCCAGAGAAAGAGAAAGAGCCUCAGACCAAGGUUGACUUGUCUGCACUAGCUAACAAAUUUGAGAUGCCUGAGGAAAAGGUUCACACCAAGAAAGUGUAUGCCGGCAUCCCAGAAAGGCUUGAAGGGCCAGAGCCAAACAGAAGAAAGAAAGCAAAUCAACAAGAGAGUACAGCAGCUUAUGACAUGAAGAUUAUUAAAAGUGUUUUUGAAAUGGGUGAGCAAAGUUCCUCUAUCAAUGAACAACAAAACAAACAGGAGGAGCACGUGUCAGGAGCAAAUAAAAUUGUUUCUGAUGAUUCAAAGCAUGAGCUUCAACAGUCCUUGCAACAGCAGGGCUCCCCCCCGCCCUUGUGCAAAGAAGUAACACUGGAGAAAUCAGUUGAUCCAACCGGCUUUUCAGAGACACAAACCAUCACGAGGAAUUACUGCACUGUCGAUGAAUUUGGCAUGAAGAUGAGUGGAACAAGGAGCUCCACGACCAUAUCAAAGCAUUCGGAAAGCGUUUUCGCACAAUGCCCUCCAUUCUCUUACGCCGAUGCAGUGAAGAAAAAAGCUCCGGAAGUGAAGACAUCACCUGAGGCCUCUGCUGAAGAACUGCUGAAAAAUUUCCACAAGACGUGGGCUGAAAGUGAGAGUGCAUUUGAAAGCCCGGGCUAUAGCGACUCAGAUUCGAGUUCCAAGGUCGGAGCUGUGCACGGGGUGUCAGAAGAGGGUGUACCCCAUGGAGGGCCUGUUGGUGGACAAAAAGAAGUUCCAUAAAGCCUGUUUCUCCUGUGAAUACUGCAAAAAUAAAUUAAACCUUGGAAACUAUGUCUCUCUGCAUGGACAUUUAUACUGCCCAUCACAUUAUAAACAACUCUUCAAAUCUAAAGGAUACUUUGAUGAAGUAU